AUGAAUACCGAAGUUGCGCCUCCAGCGAAGAGGAAAAGACAGCAGCCAAACAAGAAGUGGAAGGAGAGUGAGGUGCUCUCAAUUAUAGAAUUUUUAAUGGAAGAGGCGGAAUUUGAGGCUCCAACUGCACAUUUGUUUUAUAAACGAUUUUUACAUAAAUCGCAGUUGGAUGUCUCAUGGGAUCUGGUGCGGUGGAAGGUUCGACAUUUGAAGGUGCAGUACCGUAAAGCCAAUGACUGGCUAGCGUCAACGGGUGCAGGACUACAAGAUGAAGCUGACGGCAGAACCAACGAAGGAAAAAUUGCUAAAAUGUGUCCAUAUUACGACCAGCCGAGGGAAAUAUUUGGAAAGCGGUUGCCGGCCAUGCAACCGUUACUCGUUGAAAGUAACCUUUCUUCGCCUCAGUUAUGUCCAGUUAGUCCUGCACCUGAAUUCGAAGUAGAAUUCUUGGAAGAAGAAUGUGUACCUGAUGCGCCAUCAAAUACUGCAUCUUCGAUGGCACAAUUUCCACACCGGUAUCAACAUACCAACGGUCAAUUCGGCCUCCGGAAUCAUCCGUUGGGCAAUUGGUGA